AACUUACCGGCACAGUUGGGUGGAGACAGGCAUACCGGCUGCUGCCGCCGCGGCUAGCGCUGGGAAGACUCUUGCAGGACAGCUCAAAUCUCACUUUCGCCUGGUUUCCCCAGUGUAAACCUAUCCUCCUUUCCCUAUCCAGACAGUCAGUUGGAUUGUCACUCUAGUUUUUUCCUUAUUUUUCCGGAACUCAAAAGCCGGCCGUUUCGGAAACACCCACUCCCUGGCCGUGCCGUAAGAAUGCUUCUGAGCGAAGGGAAAACGAAACUUACCGACACACAGUCGGGUGGAGACAGCCAUGGCUGCUGCCGCCGCGGCCAGCUCUGGGAAGGCUCUUGCAGAGGGGCUCUGCUGCUUCCUCUGCCACGCGCUUUUCACGGAGCCGGUGUCCAUCGACUGCGGGCACAGUUUCUGCCGGGCGUGUAUAGCUCAGCAGUGGGGGGAGCGGGAGGACGCGGACUUCUCCUGCCCCCAGUGUGGAGAAAGAGCCCUGAAGAGAAAGUUCCGGCCCAACAAGGAGCUGGAGAACGUGGCAGAAAUCGCCAAACGCAUGAAGCUGGAGAAGGCCGCGGCGGGGGAGAGCGAGUGCGAGAUGCACCCGCAGCAGCCCCUGAGCCUUUUCUGCAAAGAUGAGCAGAAACUGCUGUGCUCAGCUUGUACUACUGAAUCUAAGGACCACGCCUCGCAUGUUGUGGUAACUGCUGAGGAAGCUGCCCAGGACCUUAAGGAAGAACUGCAGAUCCAGCUGCAGGCUUGGAGGAAAAAGAGAGAAGCGACUUCCCACUUUCAUGCAGAGGAAGAUAUGAAAUACAAGAAGUUUCUGGAAAAGGUAAACACACAGAAGGAAAAGAUUAUGUCCAUUUUUGAAGAAGCACAAAACUUUCUGGAACAACUAAAGGGAACCAUGCUGGCCCAGUUGGAAGACCUUAGGAAGCAGGAGGAUGGUUUUGUCACCAAACUUGCUUGUGAGAUUUCCUAUAUGAAUACAUUCAUCCAUGAAAUGGAAGAGAAGAGCCAAAAGCCAGCAAAUGCAUUUCUGAAGGAUGUUGGGGAAAUGUUGAACAGGUACAAAGUAUGGGAAUUCCAGCAGCCGGAUAUUUGUUCUGAGUUAGAAAAAAAGCUUCAUACCCUCUCUAAAAGAUGCAUCAUUCUGCAGGGGACUCUGCAAGCAUUCACAGAAAAUCUGCCACAAAAAUUGGAGGUGGAAUGGGUAAAUGUGACUCUCGAUCCAGACACUGCUUACCCUGGGCUUGAAAUAUCUGCUGAUCAGAAAAGUCUGAAACCGAGGGAUUACUGUCAUUUAACUGAUUAUCCUCAGCGUUUUAGUUGUUCUUCUUGUGUGCUGGGCUGUGAAGGAUUCACCUCAGGGAGACAUUAUUGGGAGGUUAAAGUGAAUGAUGGGACCUGGGCUGUGGGGGUGGCCAGAGAAUCUGUGAACAGGAAAAAAAAAAUUAUACUACAACCAGAUGAGGGGAUAUGGGCCUUGGAAAAAGAUAAGAUUUCCAAAGCUGGCAGCUUAAAACUCCCUCUCCCCGAGACAAUUGGCAUUUAUGUAGACUAUAGAAGAAAUAGUGUGUCAUUUUUAAAUGCUGAUAAUGGGGGUGUUUUGUAUACUUUUUUUUCUGCCUCUUUCAAGGAAGAGAAAAUCCGUCCUUUCUUCUGGCUGCCUGAAUUGGAUUUGUUUGAUGUCUGCAACGUGCCCGCCCUCCUGGAAUUGACAGUUCCUGAACACGAGAAGAAAACACAAUACUGACAAUGAUUAUUAUGGUACAUUUAUUGCUGUGUUAGAUUAAUUAUUCAUGUAAGAAUACUGGCACAAUUUUCAGAUGUAAAUCACAUUGGCGUAUAAAACCUAUGAGAGGUCCACACACCUAUUUUCCUCUUACUACACAGGGGGAAUGUAGUUUCUGGUUUUUAUACAUUUUCCCCUAGUAAUAAAACGAUGUGCACAUCAAAUACUUUGUUUGA